ACGGACGCGCGGACCAUCCUGGGCGUCCACGGCGCGCGCGGCUUCGACACGGUCAUCGCGUCGGACGUGCUCUACGACCCCAAGGACCUCGGGCCCUUCUUCGCGUGCGCGGUCUCGCUCAUGCGCCGCGGCGCGCCGCGGCGCCGCGGCCGCCGCGGGUCGUCGCGGGCCGCGGCCCGCGGCGCGUCGCCGCGCCCGGCGUCGCCGCGCGCGGCGGCGGCGGCGCCGCGCGCGGCGUCGCCGACGUCCGUCGCGGAGCUCGGCGCCGCGGCGCGGCCGCCGCGGCUCGUCCUCGUCUACGAAGACCGCCUCUUGGGCUUCGAGGACCUCCUCCUCGAGAGGGCGCGCGACGCGGGCCUCGUCGCGGAGAGCGUCGACUUCCUCGGCACCUUCUUCGACCCGGACCUGGACAUCGUCGACGGCGACGCGGGGACGCCGGCCUUCUUCUCCGAGAACUGCGUCGCCCCGGGGAGCGGCUCCUGGACCUCGCUUCGCCUGGACAGCAAGGUCGUCCAGAGCGUGUGCUACGACCGAGACAGCGAAGAGGAGCUCCUCGGCGCCGUCCACCCGCAGGACGCUCACAUGAACCACGAGGGGAAAAACCCACACCAUGUGGGCAAGGAGGACACGCCGGCGUACCGGGCGCUGAACGCGGCGAACGUGCUGUGCACGGAGCACCGCCGCAAGGACGUGAGCGACAUCUUCACGGGCGUCGACCGGCCGGCGAACACGGAUCGGGUCGCGAACCUCAAGACGCGCAGCCCCUAUUUUCUUCUCGGGCCCCUGGGCUGCUGCGCGUACCACUGCACGCACACGGAGCUCUUCGUCCCCGCCGGCCACGUCGGCUUCCUCAUGGACGACAAGAACCAGUACCUCUUCGCGCAGCCGGGCAUGGUCACGCCCGCGGGCGCGCAGAUCGAACUUAUGACCUGGCGGAACCUCAAGAUGAUCUACGUCCGGGCCGUCGCGCCCCAGCCGGCGCCCGCGGGCCUCAGCGCCGCGGCCGUCUCCGAGCCGCCCUGGCCCGAGCCGCAGCCGCGCGUCGAGGCCAUGGAGAUCUUCGCCGGGUCCGGGUCCAUGUCGCGCGCGCUGCGAGACGGCGGCGCCUCCGUCGUCGCCACCUGCGAGAACGACCCGCGCAAGGCGGGCGCCCUGGCCAACAGCCUUCCCGGCGUCCACAACUACGGUGACAUCCACGACGACUCCAUCGUGGGCCACACCGUGUCGCGGUCCGUCGAGGACGACUACGAGUGCAAGAUCGUCGAGGUCGUGCGCGACACGUCGGAGCUCGCCGUCGAGAUCGAGUUCUUCGGCGGCGAGGAGUGCACCGCCGGCACGUGCCUCGUCAACGCGUCCUGGUACACGUACAGCGUCGAGCGCUUCUUCUCCCGGCCGCUCGUCUACGACGUGACGUGCGCGGACGGCUUCCUCGCCUUCACGACCCAGGACACGUUCAAGCGCAGCGACGCCCAGGCCGGCACCUUCCAGGUCUACGACGCGGCCGACGACCUCGUCGUCGACGCCGUCGCGUUCUCCUACGUCGCGCACUGGCGGCCCACGUACCUCAACGCGUCCAUCGGCGCGACCGCGGGCUUCGCCGGCCACCUCGUCGUCGCCAACGCCUUCGGCACGAACCGCACCGUCGCGUUCUCCUGCGCCUCCUGA